CGCCUCAUUCGUUCGUAGUUCAAGACAACACCACUGUAAAAUGUGGAAUUUGUAAAUCUGCUGCACAUGUAGCUUGCAUGUGUCCCACCUUUUUAGAAGUUAGUCCGCAAGAGCGUUAUCAAUUAACCAAAACUAACAACUUGUGCCUGAAUUGUUUGGCAUUUCAUAAGAUCGCAAAUUGUAAAAGUACGCAAUCUUGUAAAGUGUGCAGAUCACGACACCAUACUUUGCUGCAUUUUAGGUCUCCUGGUAAGAAUGUAUCCGAUUCUGUACUGGAAAAAACGGCAGGCAAACCCGUCGAGAAUCAUAAUCCUGCCGAAGCGAACACUAGUAUUAGUACCACUUUAAAUUAUUGUAUUGCAGACAAUAGGCCUCUUCCACAAGCCAUUGUGUUAGCCACCGCAAAGGUUUACGUUUUUAACGGAGACGAUGCUUAUAGGGAGGUACGUGUUCUUAUAGAUAGUUGCAGCCAAGGGAAUUUUUUGACCUUAGAAAUGUGUCGCAAACUAAAAUUAAAAAUGUCUAAAUAUAUUGGAUUAGUACGUGGCAUAGGAUCUGUAAAUAGCAACAUCAUUGGUUUAGCACAAGUGGUAAUUGGAUCUAGGUUUGAUGCAACAAAACGUUAUUCAUUGGAGGUAUUCAUUGUAGAUAAUAUUGCUAACACGUUGCCAAAUUCGGAGAUUAAUAUUGAUUGUUUAGGAUAUUUAAAGUCAUUACCAUUAGCGGACGAUAAGCUUCACAUACCCGCCAAAGUUGACGGAAUAAUUGGAGCAGGACUAUUUCCUUAUUUGUUGACAGACACCCGAAUUAUAGGUCCACCUAAUUUACCCAUUGCCGUCGGAACCACUCUUGGAUUUGUUGUGAUGGGCACUGCCCCAGUCACCGCCCCAGCAUUAUCGCCGUCUAAUUUUUGUGCUGUAGUUGAACAUUCCCUUGAUAAUUUAGUUGAACGGUUUUGGGAAUUUGAAGAUAUUCCAACGAUAUCGGUGGCUAAACCCGAUGAUUUAGCUUGCGAAAAUAUUUAUCAAUCUACUUAUAGCCGUGAUAGUAAUGGUCGAUUCACAGUGGCAUUACCUUUUAAAUAUAACAGUAGUAAUUUGGGCGAGUCACGUGCAACUGCGCUUCGCAGAUUCCUCACAUUAGAAAAUAAAAUGAUAAGGAAUGAAGAGUUUAGAAAUAAAUAUUCGGACAUUAUACGAGACUAUAUAGCGCAAGGCCACAUGUCAAAAGUUUCUCAUAGCAAUGGCGAUAGUAACUACUUUAUUCCUCAUCACGCAAAAAUAGCAGACUUUGGCCUGGCAACUCAACUAUCAAGACCUGAUGAGAAACAUCUUACAUUGUGUGGUACUCCAAAUUUUAUUUCUCCCGAAGUUGCAUCUCGCACUCAGCAUGGAUUGGAGGCUGAUGUAUGGGGUUUAGGAUGCUUGUUAUACACAUUGCUAGUGGGGACACCACCAUUUGAAGAUCAUGCUAUUCGUAGCACCUUAAAUCGAGUUGUAACAGCAAAUUAUAGGCUACCAAAUUUUCUCUCCGCGGAAGUAAAAGAUCUUAUUAACUCUUUGUUGCAAAAGAAUCCCAAAGAUCGAAUUAAAUUGGAUAUGAUAUUGGAACAUCCAUUUAUAAAACGAUAUGAUAAUUCAAAUGGAACGUCCAGUUCAAGACUAACACAAGAUAGUGGCAUUCAUACAAUGUCUAGUAGGAGAGAUAGCGCAUUUAGUGAUAGCGCCAUACAGAAGAGUUAUCCAUCAAAUGUGAUUUUGCGGAGCAAUAGCGAUUGCUCACCAUACAUUGGGCAUUUUUCUGAAUGCUCAAAUAAAAGCACAGAUCAUGGAAGAGCUGUUUUACAAUGUCAAGGACCAAUUGACCAAAGCUGUCAUUCACAUUUUUCAUCAUGUUGCAAAUCUAAAUCUAACCAUGUGUCAAUGGAAUGUGCAGGUCAUGGUCAUAGUUGCUGUAGUAACCCUUGCCAUUUGGUAAAUGGACAGAACAAUCCUCAUUUUCCUUCUUCAUCUUGUUCUUUAAGAACCUCUAAUUCGUGCCAUUGUGAGGCAAAUGAAGAUUACUGUAAAGAGAAAAUAAAAUUUUUAAAAGAACACCCUCCGGACAACUUGAUGCAAUUUCAAAAAUCAAAACAGAAAGAUUUUUCUAGAUUAUGUUCUUCCCGAUUAUUCCCCACUAGGCAUCAAACAAAAAAAUGUAUUUUAAGUAUACUAGAAACGGGUGAGGUAUGCGUUGAGUUUUUAUUAACAUAUGGAUCGAAGAAAAAGGAGUUAGUGCGUGAAGUAUUAAGAAUAUCUCCUGAUGGUUCUAAUAUAUAUGUAUAUGAACCACAAGGUGGAAAAGUUCCACCAACUAGUGAACCGCCGUUUUUACCAAGUGAUGGUAAUUAUUACGCAUAUGAUUUUGAAAAAUUGCCAGAAGUCCAUUGGAAAAAGUAUCUCUAUGCCUCACGAUUUGUGGAUCUUGUUAAAGCAAAGACUCCUAAGGUCACUUAUUACAGCUCUAAAGCUAAGUGUUUUCUUAUGGAGAACUUGAAGGACUUUGAGAUCAUGUUUUAUAAUGCCAUUUCAGGAGCAAAAGUAGCACAACACACGACCGAUGAUGUGUCAGUUAUUACUAUAACCGACGAAAAUGGAAUAUGUAGGAAACUGCAGGCAGUUGGUGAAUGUAAUACAUUGCCAAAAUCUUUAUACGAUUUGUGGAUCUGUGCUCAAGAACUUAAAAUGCAUUGUAUUCAGAUAGAAAGUAAUAUGAACCAGUUGCCAGGUGAAAAUUUUCCAUUAAUUGUCGGGCGCCGACCUAAUACUUCACUUUCUAAUAAGGAAAAUCAAUUUAAUACGCUGCCAUCAUUCAGUGUGUCGAUGGCUAGCACAGCUGCCCAAUCUACUGUUACCAAUAGUUCUCAUACAAGGGACAAACAAAUGACAGUCUCUGGUGUGGGUAUCGCCAAACAAUUACCCGACGGAAGAUUAUAUGUGCAAUGUUUUGAUGGAGAACAAAUAUGGAUCGAUGACAAACACAGAAUACGUUAUAAAUAUGGCGAUGGUCGUGUUGUUAGUUACUUGUAUGAUAGUCUUCCGGACAAGGUGUUGGAAAAAUUCAGAGAAAUAAAUAAAGUUCUGUAUAGCAUUUUUCCAAAAAGUAAGAUGCGAUCAUUACGGUAAUAUUAGUAAUGAUGUUAUACCCAACAGUAGCUUUAUUGUAUAUUGUUAUAUAUUCUAAAAGUGAAUUAUUGAAGUAUUUAAUAAAUUAUUAUACACAUGUAUAUUGUACUUGCAAUCAGUAUUUGUAGUAAGUAAAUAAUAUAUUAUGUC